AUGGUUUCCGCAGCUGCAGACCGUUUCUUGGCCGACAAGGCUCCUCCAAUCUGCCAUGUCGAGGUUGCAAAGUCAUUCUCACAACUCACACCCAGGGAGAAGCUCUACGCUCAUUACGUUGGACAAGCGUCAUGGGCAGGCGCUCGGAUCAUCCAAGAACAGUGGACUUCCUACGCGCUGAGGCUCUAUGAUCUCCUCAUCCUCACCUUCAGCACCGGUGGAAAUUUGGCCAAUCUGGACGCACUCAGCGAAAAAUCUGGUCUUUCUUCUCAAGAUUUCGAGCAAGUACUGCAAUAUUCUUCCCAGGCAAGCAACCCUCAGCCAGGUCAUGUUUUGCAUGAUUUGGUGAACUACAAGAGUUUCGUGUUUACAAAGAUCGUACCUCGCGUUUCCGAAGAAAAAUUCGCCGCUGUGGUCGAGAAGUCAGCCAAUGCAAUCCCGUUGUGGAAUGCGUUGAAAGAUCAUAUCUAUGCACUGUCGCCUGAGAACUCCCUCUCCAUCGGCAAACCAAAGGAUGGGCAUAUCUCCAACUAUUACCUCGGUCAAACUAUCACGGAUGAGGAGGUCGCAGCCGUCCAAGCUGCCACUGAGAGGAUCGGAGUCGACGUGUUGAACACCCGGUAA